AUGGAAAUCGCUAUGGAAACUCUCGCCGCUUUAAGACUGAGUGAAGGAGACAGCAGAGAAUCCAUCAUCAGAUGGAGAGGCGCAAGACGCGAGAAGGCUAUCGAGAUUGAUUGCUGCGUUUCUGGGAGAUGGGAAGGCCAAAAAAUGCUGGGAAGUCAAAGCCUUCCAAAAGGCCAGUGGAGGAACCAGGAAGGGGCUCACUCUACUGGGGAAGGUUCUUCGGCUCAGAAGAAGAAUGGCAGAGGUCUUGGAAUAGGAGUGAAGCCUGGACAUGGCCUUCACCUUGAAAUACAUGACAACAGGAUCGUCACACCACAGGCUGCCCAUGAACUCACUACCAUCUUCAAAAGGAGCAUCAUUGGUCCAUGGAUUAAGUUCUCGGAGUACCCUGCUUCUGCUCUUCAGACCUUGAUUGCUCGUUUCAAGGAAUCUGGGUUCACAUGCUCUCUUCCAGAAGAAGAACUCAAUGUUCAUCUCAAGGAACACAUCAAGAGGAACUUUUCCCAGUGGAUGUAUGGGUUCCGCAACCGAGUUUUAAAUCAAUAUCCUACCCUUGCUGAAAGGAUUAACAAUCCACCUACUGAAAUACCUGCUCAUAUUUGGAGGGAUAUGGUUAACAAGUGGAGUGAUCCAAACUGGAAGAGCACCAGUGAUAAGAACAAAGCCAAUCGUGAGAAGUCUGAGCUCACUGCUACUGGCGGAUCUGUUCCCAUGGCGAAGUUUAGGCUUGAUCAGAUCAAGAAGACGGGAAAAGAACCAAAUCCUAUAGAGACAUUCAAGAAGUUCCAUGUGAAGAAGGGCAAUGGUGAAUUCACCAUCCUAAAAGCUCAGACCAUACAUGCUGAAUUGAAGAAUAAGGAAGCUGAGAAGUUGAGUCAAGGGGAAGAGGUGAACGAGUUUGCGAUUUAUGGUGAGGGCUGCAGCAAAAGGUGUGAAGAGGACCGAAGGCAAGAGAAGGCGAAGAAUGAUGAGAUGAUAAGAAUGCUGAAAAAAGAGCUAGUGCAGGUGAAGAAUGGAAUUCCUCAGAUUGUCGAGGAUACAUUGAAGAGGCUAGGAGUUACUUUGACAGAUUCCUCAAUGGCUGGAGACAAGGGGGUGAAUGAUGAAGAUGAAGAUGAAGAUGGAGACGAGGAAGUGAAUGAUGAAGAUGCGGAUGGUAUUGACGAUGAGAACAGCUCCCCCUGA